AUGAAACGCAGAUUAUCAUUAGAUACAGGCCAGAUUGUGAUUCGUGGAGGCAAAAAAGAAGGAAUGAUGGUAGAAGAUAGAUUGAGCAGCUUGCCAGAUGAGCUUAUUCAUAAGAUUCUGUUUUGUUAUGACAUGAAAUUUGCUGUUCAGACAUGUUUGUUGUCAUCAAGAUGGAAGCUUGUCUGGACAUCGUUGCCCUGUCUCAACUUCUCAAGUCGGCAGUUUCAUAGACUAGAUAAGUUUGCCAAAUUUGUGACUCAUGUCCUGUCUCAACGCAACCAUCAAAUAGAAGUGUCUACCGUAAAGCUACGUUUCCAUGCAGGAGUUAAUCAGGAUUUUGUGAGAAAGAUUGCAGAAUAUGCCUUCUCUCACAAUGUCCAACAACUAACUGUCUUUGGUCCGUCCUCAUGCCGCCAUGUUUACCCUUCUUGCCUAUUUAGCUCUCAGUCUCUUAAGCAUUUCACAUUCACUUGCAUUAGUUAUACGCGACUUCUCAUUACAACUGAAGCACCUUUGGAUUUUCCAUCUUUAACAACUUUGAAUCUUUGUAAUAUCAUAUUGUCGGGUGAUGUUUUCUCCAAGUGCCUAAACUUAAAGAAUCUCACUUUAGAAGAUUUCUAUGUCAAGGAUAUGGAAGUAUGUGACAUCAUUACCCCUCAACUUUCUAAUCUCAAGAUUAUCGAUGGUCGUUGUUCAAAAUCCAUCAAUGUGAUUGCACCUCAACUUCAGAAUCUUACUGUAAUUAAUUGCUCAAUCGGGUACUUGAACGCUCCACCAAUACUUUCGUCUUUCUGCUACACGUUUCAGCUGUGGCCUUGUAGGCUUGUGCAAUUCUCUAAUGAUCGGUUUCAUUCACUAAAUAAAGUGACGAUCUACUUGUCUAAGUCUAAAGAUUAUCCAACCGUGCUAUAUAAGGAGGAAGAUGCUCGCAUGAUUAUUAACAUGCUUCAACACAUCCAUAGUGUCAAAUAUCUUACACUUGACGCAGACACUAUUGAGUGUAUUUCCUCAUUUCCAGAUUUGUUAUCGCAGCAUUCUUCACCCUUUAGCAACUUGAUUUGCUUGACUAUAGACUACAGUAAGAAGAAGGAUGCAUUGAUAGUAACAAUGUCUAGUGAAGCUAGAAACUUCUUCCUCGAGAACUCUCCAAGCGCCACUUUUACCAUGAAAUUACCCAAGGUUCAUAGUAGAAGAUGA